AUGAAUACUCAGUUCAAUGCUCAAAUACAGAUUCUUUGUUCAAACAAUGGUGGAGAAUUGGUCAAUCAUGACUUUCAGGCUUACUUCCAACAACAUGGAAUUAUCCAUGAGACGACUUGUCCUCAGACACCACAACAAAAUGGUGUUGCUAAACGAAAGAAUCAACAUCUUCUUGAAACAGCCCGAGCACUUUUGAUUGGCAUUCAUAUGUUCUUUCAUGACCCAGCAUCCAAUUCUACGCUUCAUAGGGAGAUACAAAGUGAAAAGCAGAAUUGGAGUAACUUGGAAAACGAAGAAAUUCACCUAUGUACAGAAGCAAUCGAUCAUCCUGCCUCUGAUGAUCAAUGGCCCCAAGGUCUAGAGCAUGAAAUUGCUCUCCGCCAAGAAACGAUUGAUCGUCUAAACUCGAUGAUAAAUAGUCUAGAGUUUGGAGCACGAGAUUGUUCUUUACCGAAGAGCAAUCAAUCGCUCAUUCAUAGCGAUGGAUCGCCUGACCCGCAUGACCCUUGCGAUGAUGUUUCUGAUCCAAGUCCCACACAUACAGACAAUAUAGAACAACGAGAUGAAAACCCUAUAUCUAAUUCAACAGUACCAACAGACCAAUCUUCUGAGAAUAUCCUUGAGCCACCAAAUUGUUCACCUAAUAUUGGCAAGACAUCAAAGUAUCCAAUUGCGAAUCAUGUAUCCACUAAGAAGUUGUCUGAAUCCCUCAAGGCAUUUGUGCAUCAGUUGUCUGCUAUUUAUAUCCCAACCAAGGUUGCUAAAGCAUUGAAAGAUCCUAAGUGGGUUCAAGCUAUAAAGGAAGAGAUGAAAGCUCUUGAGAAGAAUCAGACUUGGACACUGAAAACUUUACCAUAA